UGACGUCUCCUGUGAACAGACGCACGGCAACAUAGAAUCUAUUUGUUAAACUGUCGACUAUAGCAACGGCAAAGUUACUGAUAGAAAGAAAACUGUGAUUCCGGUCUCGCAAUACGAGAUCCGACGACCGACUAAUACAGUAAGAUCCAAGAUACAAACGGUAAAGUUUUCUGAUGAAGUAUCGCAGAAAACAGGGUUUUUUUUAUCAGUAUUUAUAGAAGAAUAGUAACCAGGGUAACUUAGAGAUAAAAUCGAAAACAACUUGGUGAACUGACAUCAGUAACACAACAUUGUGUCAUGUAUUGUCCUUGAAAUAACAUGUCAGGAAACACCAAAAUGAAUAGUCGUCUCAAAAAUAUGUGGCUCCCUUGUUUUUGCAUUUCGAAAGUUUCUCACCGCAGAGAGACAUAUGAAUUUCGUCAAUCUAUUGUAAAUAUUUUCGUAUCCUGAGAUAGCAUCGCAGUGCGGGGCAAACUGAUGUCACCAAGUCCUUAUGUGAUAUUCGAUUCAAAGGUAUUUGAACAGCGAACCGUCCUAUCUCAUGAGCGACCGUCUUCUUUGUCAUUGUGAGCACAGAGAGAAACAAAGCCUCUUACAGGACGCCAAGUCUUGCUCCUCUUUUAAUCCCAUGAUUUGCUUGUUUUACUCUUCUGAGUGAUAAUGUUGUCGCGUGCAAACGAGAAUAUAAGAGCGUCGAAGUCCCGGUGGAAGUAUUGACCGGUUUUCAUAGGUUAGAAACAGGACUGUUUUGUUUACUGUUGCCCCGUUUCUCACACUUAUCCUACUUAAUGUUAUUAACCCAAUACAAGAGCCAAUACUGAAGGGGAACGAUAAGGACUCGCGGCCCCUUUAUUGCGUGUUUGUAUGAGAACUUUGAAAGGGAACACGAAAUCUCGGUGCACACAUCCAGGGAAGUUAAAAGAGGCCUCUCCCGUGUAAGGACCUAUAAGGAGGCAGAAUUUAAAGCGAUUCCAAAUGCAAUAGUGUAUUAAAUUAAGCGUUUUGAAACUGGACGUGAUUCAAGAGCGCAGUCAGUUUAGUAUGGCUCUCGACACUAGAUGUAAAAUCUCUCGAGUUACGACAAUUGUGGUGGUGGCCCACGGGUGCAAUACGAACUGAUAUAUCUGUACCAGCAAAUAUAUAUGUAUUCAAAUUUACAAAGCACGUCGAAAUCAAAACAAGUCAAUUUAAAAUGGGUGCUAAUAUAUAUCACACUAAAAAUAUAUGUGGCAUAUUUAAGGCCGAUGCAAGUAUACUGCUAUUCUCAGUCAUUCAAUUCUAUCGAGCUCACCUCAGUUAUUCCCCAAUCGUAAAUUCGUUCGAGGUCUCUUCGCUUCAAAAGAAGAUUGUUACUUCUAGGGUGUCGCUACUAUCUGUCGAUAUCUGGGUUUUGCUUUCUACUGUGGAUUUUUACCAUUGGUUUCGGAACUUUACUUUACGUUUCGCUGUCUCUCUUCCUAUCGUGCUCGACAAGCUAGCGGACAUUCUACUGAACUGUACUUCACUCCUUGCAUUCCAGAGUAGUCGUAACAGAAAAAGCUCAAACAUGGCGGAUAUUAACAUUGUUGGAGUGGUGGCGAUUGUUGUGUUUUAUAUGUUAAUCCUUGGCGUUGGUCUCUGGGCUGCAUGGCGACGAAAGGAAGGCGAAGAAGAAGCCAUGUUAGCUGGCAGGAGUAUUGGAAUGGUGGUUGGAACAUUCACUUUGACCGCAACCUGGGUUGGUGGAGGAUACAUCAAUGGUACUGCAGAAGUCCUUUACGACAAAACCCAAGGUCUUGUCUGGUGCCAAGCACCUUGGGGUUAUGCACUCAGUCUGGCGUUAGGAGGACUGCUCUUUGCAAAGACCAUGCGUGAAAGAGAGUACGUGACAAUGCUGGACCCUUUCCAGGAAAAGUACGGUGCACGUAUGGGUGGACUGUUAUACCUUCCCGCUUUGAUGGGCGAGAUAUUUUGGUCUGGGGCCAUCUUAUCAGCUCUCGGCGCCACCGUCAGCGUCGUCAUCGGCUUGGAUCGUUUCACUUCUGUCAUUGUUUCGGCGUGUAUCGCUAUUUUUUAUACGCUGUUAGGAGGGCUCUACUCUGUGGCUUACACCGAUGUUAUCCAGCUCAUCUGCAUCUUCGUUGGACUGUGGCUCAGUAUACCAUUCGCCAUGACGAAUUCAGCAGUGACCAGCAUCUCCAAAGAUUCUGGUGAUUGGAUUGGAGAGGUGCCCACUCCGAAACUUGGAGUUUGGCUGGAUUAUGCAAUGUUGCUGAUAUGCGGUGGUAUGCCAUGGCAAGUGUAUUUUCAGCGCGUGCUAUCAUGUAAGACACCAAAUAAGGCCCGGGUACUGUCUUUCUUCGCCUCGUUUGGAUGCAUGUUCAUGGCGGUCCCAGCAAUUCUCAUUGGGGCCAUCGGUGCCUCCACAGAUUGGACCCAAACUGACUUCUAUAAGCCACCCGGUGGUAACAAUACUAACCAGACGGCUUCUGUUGACUUCGACAACACACUGAUCCUUCCCAUGGUGCUUCAGUACCUCACACCAACCGCUGUGUCGUUUGUGGGACUGGGCGCGGUGUCUGCCGCUGUCAUGUCUUCCGCAGACUCCAGUUUCCUCUCGGCCAGCACCAUGUUUGCUCAUAACGUUUACAAACUCAUCUUUCGUCAAAAGGCUUCGGAGAAGGAAGUUGUGUGGGUGAUGCGUUUGGCCAUAUUUGGAGCAGGCGCGGCUGCCACAGCAAUGGCUCUGACGGUUGGCUCCAUUUAUGUUUUGUUCCACCUGUGCAGUGACCUGGUAUAUGUGAUACUAUUCCCACAGCUGUGUUGUGUUAUCUAUCUUAAAGGCGCCAACACCUACGGCUCCAUCAUGGGUUAUAUACUGGGGCUAGUGCUCCGCGUGGGGGGAGGGGAGGACAAGAUUGGUUUCCCUUCGUUCAUUAAAUACCCGUUUUACGACGAGGUGAAGGGUCAGCUGUUUCCCUUCCGCACCCUAUCCAUGAUAGUAUCAUUUGUCACUAUUGUGGUUGUAUCGUACUUGAUGAAGUUUUUGUUUGAGAGGGAAAUUAUACCAUUGAAGUAUGAUUUCCUGAACUGCUUCAAGAAAUACGACUUCGGCAAACCGUUGGCUGAUGAGAAAGGCCAGCCGAAAUACACCAUGAAAGAAAAAGGAGAUAACAACAAGAGUUUUGAGGCAAAUGAGGAGUGUGACACUAAGACAUAAAGAAAUAUAUACUAUAGAACAAAGAAUAUAGAAUACACUAAAUCCUCUAUUAAGCCCUAACUUCAUCUUUAGUAAGCUCUCUUUUGUUAUGGGAACCUCCUUGCUUGGUAUAAGUCCCUCUCCACCGGUCGAGCUUUUAUUUGAAAACCAAACCAAAAAAAGACCGUUUGAUUAAUGGUACAUUUUUACCAUAUCAACCUAGACACAAAUUCACAAUGUGUAUUCGCAAGAUUUUACGUGCCUGUUCUUGGGUUAAAAAAGAGAUGACUGUAACACUUUGUUUAUCAAUGCAUCAUGCAAAUGAGAGUGCUAAGCGGAUAACUUCGUUUUACAUGAAUACAUCACUUGCAGGCUUAAUAAAGGACUUAGGGUAUAUGGCAGGAUAUAGAAUUCUAAAUGCGAACAAUGUAGAAUGUAUGUGGUAUAGAAUAUAGUGUGUAUAGAGAAUAGAGCAUCAGUUCAGUGUGUAGAUUUUAUAACGUAGAAUAGAUAUAGGAUAGUCUCAUGAUAUAGAAUAGUCUCAUGAUAAGAGUUAAGUUCGGAAUAACGAGCGCAUUGGUUAGUUAGGUGUGUGAACACAUUUAUGAAGUCACGUUACUUUUGUCGACCUUAAAAUACCUGGAAACUUACUCCACAGGAGGAAAAUGCAAAGGUAUUUCUUGCUUGCCCAAACAGAGACCAAAGUACAUCCGAAAAAAGAUUUUCUCUUUGUCUACCGGACGUGUAGACUACGAGUAGUCCCUCUUUCGCUUAGUCCGUCGUGCGUGACGCGAAAGAAAACCGC